AUGCACUUCCCUAUUCUUCCCAUCAUCAUCACACUGGCUGGAAGCGCCCUCGCAGCGCCUUAUCUUCCCAAGAGACAAAAUCCUUGCUUUGUGACUGGUUCCGAAGCUCUCCCCGAUGAAGUUUCGACACAGGCCACGAAUCUGGCCUCGGUCAUCACCUGCGACAAUUCGAAAACAACCAUCGAUGGUGUCCCGGAUGUGAGCUCUGGCGGUGUGACCUUUUCUUCCAUCAACUUUGCCGAAUCAGGCCAAAGUCCUCUGGCUUUCGCUCUCGACAAGUUUGCAACUACAUCGCCCCUGGCCAACAACAACCUCGAUACGUUUCAGAAUGAGCUCAAUGUUUACCUUGCAACUGAGGCUGGUAUCAGAUCGACUGGUGGAAACCUUGCGAUCAAGGUUCCCAAAUUCUUCUUGCAGUUCCAGAUGGCUCGUAUCCAACAGGCACAGGGUGCUGUGUCUGACAUCCCUGGCCAGACCGUUGACCACCAGUUGGAAAAGGUGCUCAAGAAUGCAGCUGGAGAGGACCAGGCUCUUCUAGACCAAGUGAACGAAUUGGCUGUGGACUUGAACUAA